CUUCUUAUUCUUCUUCAUUUCUGAAAUCCAACGCCCGUUGAGAAUCACCCAUCAAGGAAAUUAAUUUUUUUAUAAAAAAAAACCCUUUAAUUAAUAUUAAAAUGGCGGCUGCUUAUUAUUCUUUCGCAUCCACAUCAUCCAUAAUAAUCCCAACCCGCACCACAACAAAUCCUUUAUCAGCUUGUUCACCACUUGUGAAACCCAACACACUUUCAAAAUCACCAAUAAUCAAGAGAAAAGGGCCACCUAGCUCAUCACUAAACCUGUUAGCAACUUCUUGUAAUAUUCUUCGCGGCAAAGGAUCAAGGGCUCAAAUGGGUUCUGUUCAACAUGAUUAUGAUUCGGUUGGCUGGUUUGGGAAAUAUGGUGGCAAUAAGUAUGUCCCUGAAUCCCUGAUGUCUGCUCUUGCUGAAAUUCAAUCAGCUUCUAAAGCAAUUUUUACGACUGACCAUGAAUGCCAGCAAAAUUCUACUACAAUGCACCUUGGGAAUAUUAUUAAAGAGACAAAAGAUUAUCGUAUAGUAUUUAAAGGGAUCUCAGAAGCAAUAAAGCAAAAACCUGAAGUUUUAAAGGGACCACUAGCGGAUGUGCUUUCAAAGCGGUCUCUCACUUGGGGCUCAGUGUCUACGUCAUUGCUACUUGUAUAUGAACAAACUGUUAAAUCUAGAAAGGAAAGACCAGAAGAAAUUUCAUUUGAUGAUUUAGUAGGUCUAAAAGAUGCCAAGGCUGACGUGAAAUUGAUUUUGGAAACACUCAAAGGGGAUCGUCAAUUCGUAGAAUUUGGAGAAAAAUCACCCGGGGGGGUUUUGAUUUGUGGUCCAGAAGGCACAGGAAAGGAAACAUUGGCCAAUGCUAUUGCAUACGAAGCCAAUGUUCCAUUUUUCAAUGUUUCAGCUGAAGAAAUUACAAGGGAUGGUGCAACUAAGGGAAUUGCAACAAUAAUAAGUCUAUUCUUGGUGGCAAGAAUUUACCCGCGAUGUUUAAUCUAUAUUAAGGAUAUAGAUGCUAUCGAUGGAAAGCAAACAACUAGUAAACCUGGUCCGAUUUUAUUGCAGCUGCUAACUGAUAUGGAGAAAUGCAACAAGGAUGGACAUAUGGCAAUAGUUAUCGGAGGUACUACCAAGGAACCUGAGUUGCUGGAUCCAAAAUUGAGGAAUUCUGAACUUUUCUUAAGAGAAGUGCGAGUGGACAAACCAGAUAAGGAUGCAAGGGAAGGAUUUAUUGAUUUAUAUUUGACAAAAUAUACGACACAGGAAAACAAAAAGGAAAUAUGCACUCUUAUCGUUUCAGAAACGGAGGGCUUAGUAAGAAAUCAUAUCAGUAGAGUGUGUAAGCUAUCUAAACAAAAUGCUUACGAGAAAGAUGGUAAGUACGUUACCACUGCAAAUGUGAUCGAAGCUCUUAAAACGGUCAAGGCAAGUAUAACUACUUCGAUGGCACAACAAAAGCAGCUCACCAAAGAUGGUGAGUACGGGAACAAGGUAAACAUUCUUGAAGCUCCUAACUAGAACAGGCAAGUCAAGUAUCACAGCUUCAAAAAGUGAACCAAUGGCAUCAGAAACGCAGUUGGUCAACAGAGUUCAUUAGACAGUGAUUUUUCUUCAAACUAGCAACAUAUUUUUACAUUUGUCUACAGUCAAUCAACUGGUUUUGUAGUCGGGCUUGAAAGGGAUAAGGUCAUAUAGCCAUACACGAAUGUUAAGAUUAUACAUCAAACUAUGAUAUUUAAUUUUGUAAAAUAAUUUUCCUAUAUGAAAGCACAUCUUUAGAA